CCGCCACAGCACUCAUAACUUAUAAGGGUUUUUCAUUUUUCCAUUUUCGUUUCUCUAAAAAUUGACCCCGUUCUAUCUCAUUACUUGCCAACUCCCAUGGUGGAAGAACAACCUCCAAUCCAAAAUUCCUCUCCGAAAAUGGAGGUAGAUGCAAACCCUAAUCCUUCCGAAAUGACAAAUGGGGCGACAGACCAGUCUAAUGCUCCCGAACACUCUGAAUCCUCAAUUAAAAACCCGAAAACCUCCGGAAUCUCUACCGUCGAUGAUUAUGAGAAGUCUUUGGAAUUCGCUGACGAUUUGAUGGAGAAAGGAAACUCAGCUUUUAAAGAAGGCGAUUUCCCUGAAGCAGCUGAUCUCUUUAGCCGUGCCCUAGAAAUCAGGGUUGCUCAUCAUGGUGAACUAGCACCUGAAUGUGUUAAAUCAUACUACAAAUUUGGUUUAGCAUUGCUGUACAAAGCACAGGAGGAAGCUGAUCCUUUGGGAUCUAUGCCAAAGAAGGAUGCAGAUUCCCGUCAAUGUUCGUUUAAGAUUGAAUCUGCAAUGAGCACUGUCAAAGGUGAAUCAUCCAUAGCCUCUGUAUCAAAUAAAGCUGAGCUGUCUGCAUCUGCAAGUUCAAACCAACAGCAGGACACAGAUGAUGCUAACAACAAGGAUGAGGGAGAUGGAAACGAGGAAAGCGAUACAGAGGAACUUGCUGAAGCAGAGGAAGAGGAGGAGUCUGACUUGGACUUAGCUUGGAAAAUGCUUGAUCUUGCUAGGGCCAUUUCGGAAAAGCACUUUAGGGAGACAAUGGACAUGGUUGAUAUAUUGUCAGCUCUCGCUGAAGUUUCCCUUGAAAGAGAGGAUAUUGAGAUAUCUCUCAGUGAUUAUGAAAAAGCUCUCACUAUUGCAGAGAGUUUGGUUGAACCGGACAGUCGCCACAUUGCUGAACUAAACUUCCGCAUCUGCCUUUGUCUAGAGGUUGGCUCCAAGGCUCAAGAAGCUAUUCCUUAUUGUGAGAAGGCUGUAUCCGUCUGUAAAUCAAGGAUGCAGCGCCUGGUAGAUGAACUGAAAGGCAUGCCAGGAUCAACUACUUCAGCUUCAUCCAAUGCUGGUGAAGGUCCCAAUCAUUCACCCAUUACCUCUGAUUCUAAGAAUUCUGUUUCUGAUAAACAAGCGGAGAUUCAAAUACUGAAGAUACUCUCCAGUGAUUUGGAGAAGAAGCUUGAAGAUUUGCAUCAAUUAGUGUCGAACCCAACAUCUAUCUUGUCUGAUAUACUGGGAUUGGCAGCGGCGAAAGUAAGGGCCAAGGAGCAGACCUCUGCUUCAGCAGGAGUAAGUUCAUUGUGUGUUGGUGGUGUUGCGGGCAAUGGAGAUUUUGAUCACCCCACGGUAUCCACUGCUCAUGCCAAUGGAACCAAUGGAGUCACACAUCUUGGUGUUGUGGGCAGGGGGGUGAAGCGUGUGAACCUGAGUUCUGAAAAUGUAGAAUCAAAUGCCAGUAAACGACCUGCCGUCACUCCUGCUUGAGCAACUUUAGAUAUUAGUGCAAUUGAAUGUUAGAUAAUUCUGAUCGUCAACAGCUUAAUAUUUUUGUAGUACUAUUUUAUGCAUGUAUGCCUUAGAAUCUUGGAUUCUAGUUUGGCUUUGAUUCCCCAAAAGGAGUUUUUGUUUGACAAUUGGUUCCUCAAAAUUGUUUGCUGGCUAUGUUAAUGUAUGCUCUAGUAUUUCUACCUA